AUGGCCGACGAUCCGUAUUACCGCGAAUAUAUGGACCGGAGAAAUCGUGAAGGGUUCGGACGCUUCGAACCCACCGGCCGUCAAUCCACAAAUGAUGCGGCGGCCAAAGCACAAGUUGCAGCUAAUGAAUACGCUUUGCCGCAAUAUGGCUACAGAUCGGACGGCUACACUUCGACAGCCUCGCAUCUGGGCGAUGACCCGAUUUCGGCGGUACGAACGCUGAGAAGCCAGAUGCGCAAGAAAAUGGUCGAUCACGAGAAGUCGGACCGGACUGUGAAGGCCCAUCUCUGCCAAGCCGCUUGCGAUUCGCUAAACAAAACCGAGAGCCAAUUGGUGUCGCUGGAUAAUCAGCGGAAAAAUGCGCUUAUGGUUGGCGAUACGGGCCGGGCGAAUCAGCUGAAAGCACAGAUGGAGCAGGUAAAAGACGACGGAAUCCGCAACGCCUACGCCGAUUUGGUUACUGAGGAUGGGCAGAUGCAAGCCUACGGGGUGCGCUCAACUUGGGCCCCGGAAACGAUCGAGUCGCCAAGAAAGCCAGCAACGCCCCAGCCACUGGCACCGGCGCGGCCUCGCAGCGAGGAGAGCAGGCCCACCACCAAAAAGGGGAACCACGAGGGCCGAUUCCGGCCGGCUAACGCGCCGGUUCGCGAGCCCGAUAUCCGGCGGAAUGAUCGGCUUUCGGAAGUGAUGCAGCGCAGGAGGGGCGAGUUUGUGCAGCCGAGAACGCAGAGCGAGGCGGACGUCAUUUUGAGGGACGACCCCUACCGGCCUCCAAAUCAAUACGG